AUGAAGCUAAAGAGCACUUCCACUUCUGCAUCUACUGAUGCCUUGUCCAGCGGAGGAAGCAAUGAAACAAAGGUGAAUCAGAAAAGUGCUACUAAUAGCGUUUAUGACAAAGCAGAAACUUUGAAGCUAAUGCAGCACAUAUCUUCCAAGUCGGUUCCGUCAAUGUCUCUAAACAAUGAUGAUAUUGCUAUCAUCGAUGAAGAUGAUGAAGAGUAUCAUGACGAUUUACGAAAUUUAAAAACUAUAAAUAAUCUUCAAAAUGCAAAAUCGGUGAUUCGGAAAUUAUCACACAGUAAUAAUGUAACUGCCACUAAAGAUGGUAGAUUACCGGCUGCAAGUAAGAGUCAUUUUGAAUUUGCAUCUACUGCACACAAUAUCAGAAUGCUGAAUAAAGAUAUUUCAAAGACAAAAGUCAAUCUCACCGUAGAAAAUUUGAUUAUUAUUAGUAAGCUUAAUGAUAUGUCCAUUCUUUACUUAAAUAGAGAAAUGAUUGCAUGGAUCUUGACUCAAUAUCCAAGUACUAAUGUCUAUGUGCAGGAUAUAUUCAAAGACUCUGAACAAUUUGCCGCUAACGAACUUUGUACCGAUUCAAACUGUACACUUUCAAGAAUCAGAUAUUGGAACAAGGAAUUUGUUGAAGAGAAUGACUUUUUCUUUGAUUUAUGUAUUACUUUGGGAGGUGAUGGGACAGUUUUAUUUGCAUCCUCACUCUUUCAAAAAUAUGUUCCUCCAACAAUCUCUUUUGCCCUGGGUUCACUAGGUUUUUUAACCAAUUUUGAUUUCGAGGAUUUCAAGUCCAUUUUGAGAAAUACUAUCAAUCAUAAAAUAAAGACAAACUUAAGAAUGAGGUUGCAUUGUAAAGUAUAUCGAAGGCACAAACCUAAGCGUGAUCCAUCCACCGGUAAGAAAAUUUGCUACGUAGAAUUGGUUGAUGAACAUCACGUUCUAAAUGAAGUAACUAUUGAUAGAGGUCCAAGCCCCUUUAUUUCCAACUUGGAAUUAUAUGGUGAUGGUUGUUUGAUGACAGUGGCACAGGCUGAUGGUUUGAUUAUUGCUACACCUACAGGUUCAACUGCGUAUUCUUUGAGCGCAGGUGGCUCUUUAAUAUACCCAACUGUAAAUGCUAUUGCAGUAACACCAGUGUGUCCCCAUACUUUAAGCUUCAGGCCAAUAGUUCUACCCGAAAGUUGUAAUUUGAAAGUCAAAGUUGCUACACAGUCAAGAGGAACUUCUUGGGCAUCAUUUGAUGGUAAAGGAAGAGUGGAAUUGAGGCAAGGCGAUUUUAUAACAGUUUCAGCAAGUCCAUAUGCUUUCCAAACGGUUCAGCACUCCAAUACAGAGUUUAUAGAUAGUAUUAGCAGGUUAUUGAAUUGGAAUGUUAGAGAACAACAAAAAUCAUUUACUCAUAUGUUAUCAGACAAGAAUAAAAAGAAAUUUGCCGAAGAAUUCGUUCUUGAAGAGAAAGAAGAUGAUGAACUUAUUGAAGUAAGGAAAAUUGGCGAACAACUAUUCUCAACUUUAGAACUAGGCAAGACUAAUCACUCAUCCCCAUCCACUCGAUCCUCGUCAUCUUCAGCUACGGCGGUGAAUACCUUCAGUACAUCUACGCAAGAUGUAGAAACGACUAGUGAAAGUGACAGUGAAGAAGAAAAAGAUGCUUUUUGUAGUGGGAAUGUUCGUGUGAUCAGGCGCUCAUGA